GCACAUAUUUCAUCAUCAUUCAUCUAACAAAUCUUCAUUCCUAAAAUAACUCAUACAUAAUGGAUGUUGCUUCCAUGGAGGUUGAGAUCACUUCUUCCCUUUCAGCUUCUAAACUUUUCAAGAUGCUUUCUGACUUUGACACCAUUGCACCUAAAGUAAUUCCUCAAACAUACAAAUCCAUCGCCCUUAUGCAAGGUGAUGGUGGCGUUGGAAGCAUCAAGAGCGUUACUUUCGGUAAUGGUACAACAUGGAAACAGAAGAUAGAUGCUAUUGACACAAGCAACCUUUCAGUUAGCUACACCUUGUUUCACUUAUACUAG